AUGCUGCUGCUGCUGUCGUGUGGCUCGGUGCUGAACGGCCUAUUCGCGCUGGGCCUAGUCUCCGCGUUUGAAUACAACACGUUUGACGGUCCGGGCUUCCCAUCAUGCUACAACGUCACCCAAGUUGCCAACGUCACGAGCGUUGCCGAAGUGCAAGGUCUCGUCAAAUUCGCGGCCAGCAAGGGGCUUCAGGUUCGCGCUGGCGGCAAGGGCCACAUGUGGUAUGACACGCAGUGUUCGGAUGACGAAACAAUCAUCAUUCGCACCGAGUUUCUGAACAAGAUCCGCGACUUUGACCUGGCUGCCGGCACCGUCGUGGUAGAAGCUGGCGUCACGUUUUUCCAGCUCGCCGAGUACCUGCAUCAACGAGGAGCCAACAUGGGCACCGGCUUGGUCAACUGGAACAUCACCUUGGGCGGCAGCGUCGCCAUGGGCGCCCACAGAAGCUCUCUGCGAGAAGAUGCCGCGGUGGUGGGCGGCGUGCUCGCGCUGGACAUGGUCGACGGCCUGGGUGGGCUUCGCUGUAUUGAGCGCGACGAGUCCAGCGACGACUGGUUGGCUGCCUCGACGUCGCUCGGUCUGCUGGGGAUAAUUGUCAACAUCAAGCUGAAAGUCUUUGCCGAUUCAAAGGUUUACGCCAUGCAGAAAACACUGGACGAAAAGGAUGUACUCUCGGGCGACAUAUACGCACUGAUAUCACCGUAUCUCACGGCAAAUUUAUGGUGGUUUCCGUUCAAGCGCAAGUUCUUCUGGCGAUACUACGACACAGUCGAGCCUAGCAAAAGUCAGCAGCAAGGCUUCCAGUCAACCUUUUCCGUCACGGCCCUCGAGGGCAACGCAGCACGCACGCUUCUCGACAGUGGCAAAUACGCGCCUUCGUCCAACUGGAUCGCAGAGGAGACGUUUUUCAGACAGUGGAAGGCGCCCAACUUUCACGAAAAGACGACGAACCAGCCCGUCAAGCAAUGGCCCGUCUACGGCUUCCAUUACGACGUUCUCAUCGGCGGUCUGUACCCGGGUCAAAAGCCCGAGUGGGACUAUAACCUGCACGCCUACACGCUCGAGCUGGCCUUUCCCGUGACCAUGGCGAACAAGAUGCUGACCAGAGUGCGAGAGCUCUUUGACGAUGAAGAAAAGAAGCUGAAAGUCAUGGCAUCGACGUACCGCAGCGGAAUCAACAUCAAGUUUGGAAAAGCGCAUUACGAUUUCCUGGGACAGAUGACGUACAACACGUCCGACGGCCAGGACUGGACCAAGGGGGCCAUCAUGUUUGACUUUCCGAGUUACAAGCCCACCGUGGGGGAUAAGAAGCGGUACAACGAGGAGUUUUACAUCAAUCUCGCCAAUACGCUGGUGAAGGAAUUCCCGUGCAGGCCACACUGGACCAAAAACACCCGGGACGUGCUGCAACGCGCAGUGCCAAAUCUUGACGCAAGGUACAUUCAGAGGUUCAAGGCCGUGAGGGAGAAGAUGGACCCCGAGGGAAUCUUCCGCAGCGUUGUAGGAGAGAUUCUUGGCGUAUAUCCUUGA